CACAUCCUGCAAAGAGAACAAGACUGACUGUCAGGAUUUUAGUUUGAAAUAACUGGAUAAAGAUUUUUUCCAUUCCAAUAUUAACAAGAAAGAUUCAAGAUGAGUGAGAAAGAACUUAACGGAGAGAGUCCAUACAGAAUAUGGAAACGACCAGAUUUACCCAGUAAAUGUACUUAUACACCUGAUAAAAGUAUUGACCAAUCACCACAUAGACAUAUUAAACAAAAACAAAAACCAGCCAUCAUGCCUAAUAUUUUAUACAAUAUAGGAAAUACACCAUUAGUUAGAAUUAAUAGAAUUACAGAGAAAGAAGGUGUCAAAUGUGAACUUUUGGCUAAAUGUGAGUUUUUUAACUCUGGGGGAAGUGUAAAAGAUAGAAUUGGAUUAAGAAUGAUUGAAGAUGCUGAAGCACAAGGUGUUUUAAAACCUGGUGAUGUUCUAAUUGAACCAACUUCUGGUAACACUGGUAUUGGCUUGGCUCUAGCAGCAGCUGUUAAAGGUUAUAGAUGUAUUAUUGUUAUGCCUGAGAAAAUGAGUAUGGAAAAGGUGGACAUAUUGAGAGCUUUAGGGGCUGAAAUUGUCCGAACACCAACAAGUGCUGCAUUUGAUUCACCAGAAUCUCAUAUUGGUGUAGCUAAAAGAUUAAUGGAAGAAAUACCCAACUCUCAUAUACUAGAUCAGUACCGAAACCCCAGUAAUCCACUAGCUCAUUAUGAUUGUACUGCUGAAGAAAUAUUGGCUGCUUGUGAUAAUAAACUAGAUAUGAUGGUACUUACUGCUGGAACUGGUGGAACAUUAACUGGUAUUGCUAGAAAGAUUAAGGAGAAAUGUCCAAGUUGUAAGAUAAUAGGUGUAGAUCCUGCUGGUUCUAUUAUAGCUGAACCAGAAGAACUGAACAAGUCUGAUACAUCAUUCUAUGAAGUUGAGGGUAUUGGAUAUGAUUUUAUACCUACUGUCUGUGAUAGAUCUCCUGUAGAUAAAUGGUAUAAAUCAGUUGAUAAAGAUUCUUUCAUAAUGGCCAGAAGAUUGAUAAAGGAAGAAGGUUUACUCUGUGGUGGAAGUUGUGGCUCAGCUGUUUAUUGUGCUAUCAAAGCCAUUAAAGAUUUUGGAUUAAAAGAAGGACAGAGAUGUGCUGUUGUUUUACCAGAUUCCAUCAGAAAUUAUAUGACAAAACAUCUGAGUGAUGAUUGGUUAAGUCAGAGACAUUUCUUAGAACUGAAGAAAGAUGUGGACCCAUCAAAAGCCUGGUGGUGGAAUUUAAAAGUUAGUGCUUUAAGUCUGCGAGCUCCACUAACUGUUACUCCAACAGUAACUGUACAGGAGACACUAGAUAUUCUCAAUAAAGAAGGUUUUGAUCAAGUUCCUAUUAUGGAUGACAAUGGUGAUGUUUUGGGUAUGGUAACUAUUGGUAAUCUGAUGUCUCAGAUUGUAAAACAUAAAGUUAAAAGAAGUGAUCCUGUCAAUAAAGUUAUGUAUAAACAGUUUAAACAGAUUUCCCUUGACACUACAUUAAGUCAGCUGUCCAGAUUAUUAGAUACUGAUCAUUAUGUUUUAGUAGUUCAUCAACAACGACAAUAUACAGGUCCCAGUGUGAUAUCUAAGAAACAGAUGAUAUUUGGUAUUGCCACCAGAAUUGAUCUUCUAAACUUUAUAACUCAACAUGGUACUGAUGAUUUCCAUCCAGAAAAAUAA